UCUUGCAUUGUCUCUAUCGGAGGAUCCUCCUCCUCAGUGGCACGAGUCUAUUUAAUGAACAUCAAAUUAUUCGGAAUGACACCGGAACUUUUGGAAGCGGGAGAUAAAAACAUCAUUACCCGAAAACAAGCCGGGAAAUGCCGUACAAGAGACGGGUCCUAGAACUAGAUACUAGAGAUACAUGAGGAGAAUCACUGUCGCGUAAAAGCGGAUAGUUCUAACUUUCUCUUCACGCUAUAGCCACAUCUAACUGAACGGAGAGAACAAGCAAUGUAACUGCCUGUAAAACGCUCCGUCCAACAUCUAGCCCUGUUAUAAUCAGGGACACCCAAUAAUAUACACCUUCAUGCAUCAGUACAUUUUAAAGGGACUUAAACAUGACAGCUCUACAGACUGUUGAUGGCGUUUAGUUUGUGCCUGAGCCGUAGUGCUUUAACCCUCACCUGCUGAAGAAAGUACACAUAUGUUCCAGGCUGGACUACGAUCAUCCAGGGGAGCGACAUACACACAGCUCUUCAACGCCGCUGUCCCUCCUAAACUUUUAAAUCGCGCAGAAGUUUUUCGCUCACCGUGGAGAGAAAUGCACGCAUUGAUGCAAAAGUGGGCCGUGCUGACGAUGCUUCUGGUUCAGGUAUUGGGUAGUAUACCGGAGGCAUUUCAGGAGGGUUCCAGCGACACUGAUCAGAGGAUGGGGGUUCCACAGUCCAAGCCGACCGCAAAGGUCCUACCAUAUCACCAACAGAAGCUGAGGUCACCUUACCAGUUGAGAGGGAUUCAACCCAAACCCUCAUCCAAAGAGAAGCCAUUUCUCCUAGACCCGAAAAACUUUCCAGAACUUUCUGGUGCAGACCUCCGCUCCCACAAUCCAAAUAUUCAGGUAACCAUUGAGGUUAUGGACAGCCCCCAGAUCGAGUUGGAGAUUGACCUGGCUGAGGGCCGCAGCGAGUGGUCGCUGUCCUCCCUGGGUUGGCUGGCGGGGAGAACACCAUUCCGGGUGCUUUUCUGGGAGCAUCCGGAACCCGAGGAUGGGCAAGGACACAGGAGCCCAGAGGACAUGCCUGAAGACAGUGUGGACAGCUGUGAACAGUGGCUCCGCUGUAAGAGCGACUUCCUGCAGCAGCUGCUGCUCGCGGAGCUGCCCAGCUGUCCCUGCUCCUACCCCUCGGAGAUCGUCUAUGGUGCCAUCAGCAUCUUCGACAAGCACCUGGGGAGGGCAUUCCUGUGGCGCGAUGCCAGUGGGCCCAAGGAGCGGCUGGGCGUGUACAGGGCAGCGGCACUGUUCUGCAUUCGCUCCACGCCGUCCCGAGGCGGCGUCCUGACAGCAGCCCAGCAGUGCUGCUAUGACGGGGACAUGCAGCUGUUGACGCGGGGUAGUGGGGCUGGAGUGCCUGAUCUCAUCAGCGCUGACUUUUCCCCAGAGCUGCACCACCGGCUGGACGUGCUGCCCUGGCUCCUGUGCAAGGGCGACUGGAGCCGCUUUCAUGCCGCCCGGCCCCCCAACAACGGCCUGCGGUGCACUGAGAACCCAUCAGAGAAAGAGUAUGGUCGGCAACUCGAGGAGGCACGCGAGUACUAAUACACCCCGCCCAUUCCGAAGCCCCGCCCACGCCCGAGCCACACCCACAUCUGAGCCCCACAAGAGGUGGACCAUAAGGGGUAGCACAGGCCAUCUCACUCGAAAUUCCAGUCUCAGCCAAUCAGGUGUCGCUCAGGAUAAGACAUGUCACACUAGGGAACAGGGAGGAUUGGGACAUGGAGCCAGAUGUAUUUGGAUCCCUGACAGAAAGAGGGAGACCUGGAAUGUUUAUUUCACUGAGGUUGGCCGAUUUUUUUCUUAAAAAGUGUUUUAUGAAAUAGGUAAAGGGGUAUGUGCGAUUACCAGUCCAGGGCAGAACAGGACAUCGUAACCGAAAUCACAGGGUGUGGAGAAUGGACUUUUAACAAAAGAUUUAUACUCAAUUUUCAGGAAGAGACUAAAAUUCAGAGUUCGUGUCGCAAUGAGUAAUUACAUAGAGAAAAGCGCUGAAACAUGAUUAGAAAACAAAUAUGCUCCUUACAUACAGUCUUAAAACCAUCUGGGAAUCGUAUUUAUCCUAUUAAAAAAUUGCAAGAACUGAAGGCUGUGGGAGGAGCCAGGAAACCAGGUGCACAUCAAAAGUCACGUGGGACAGACGCCCACUUUUGGAGAACUGCUCCACACAAGGUUACAUUUCGGUGGCGUACUUUUACUGCUUAUAGAAUGUUCCAUCUUGGCACAAAACACAGUCCAGCUUGGGAGCAUAACCACCAUGAUGUGAAAUCGUUCCUUCAAAAGAGGGACGAGAAACUAAUAUCACAACUACAGGGUUUAUCCUGGAAUCUCCAUGAAGAGCUGAUGUGUGUGUGAGGAGUCGUUUCUAGGCUCUAAAUACUCGCUCUCUCUGCUGUCACGUUCUUUGCUGAACUGGGAGACCUCGUCGACCCCAUUUGUGAUAGAGGCCCUUACCAGACAAGGGGAGUAUUACUCAACAGGUAGUUGGGGACCACCUGACAUUGGCCGGUGCCUCGCCAUGUAACCGAGCACCUGUGAGCAGAACCACAGGCUGACAGACAGGUCCGUUUGUCUACGGCUGCAAGUGAGAACACGGGCCUGACGAGGGAGGCAGCGCGGCCUGGGAUUCUGACAUUGGCACAUAUAGCCGAUUGGCACAGGAAGAGGAACAGGAUGUAGAGCCAAGCAGGUGAGAGUCUCAGGGACCACCACAUGCGGGGCUGCCUUCAUGCCACCGAGGACUGGAGCUCCUGUGUGCCACAAUCAAGCUGAUAGGAAACUGGGGCAAAGUCACCUACAGUUAAUGACUCAAACUACUAGCUUUGUCAAAGAUGGCAUCCCACCAUAGUGGUGGCAUUUCAAAGACAAAGAAUGACACUGUGUGUAAAGGUAGCAUGUUUGUAUUAUCU